AUGACGCGCGAUUCUACAGCAACCUACCUGCACAUGCACUCGUCGCACCACGCCGACCUCCUCGAGCAGUUCACGAAUCUCACCUCGUCGCAACUCACGCCCGAAGACAUUUACGUUCCCCCACACCUCCAGCCUGUAAACCCUGAGGACGAAGACGACGUUGUACCAGACCAGCACGCGGCAUUCGGCAUACAGCGAGCAACACAGACGAAGAAGGAACCAACAUGGCGCGACUUGGGGCUCGAAGAACUGUUGCGACGGGGACCCAUGGGCAUUGGAGGCGGGAGUGCAAGCGGAAGUGCGGUCGCAGCUGGUGGUAGUGGAAUUGUUGGACAGGGAAGAGAAGAGCCGGUUAGACUGGCGCUGGCGAGGCAGCCGGGUGCGAGGAUGGGCGUCAGAGUAGGCAACGGGAGCAGUGAGAGCUCUAGAAGUGGCGGAAGCGGUGCUGCUGGGAAUGGACUGCCACGAUGA